AUGGUGGAAAGUAUGGCAGCAGGCACAGAUAUGCUGAUGCAGUGGCAUCAAAUUAACAUUUCCAAAAAUGUCACCAAACACCAAGUGAAAACAAAGAUGCAAGUGUCCUUCCAGCAGCUGCAUGCUCUUCCGGAACCCAGGCGCUUCCUCUCCAGUGCCCACUGUGGGACUACAUGCCCCUUUGUCACACAGGGGGAUGGAGUCAGCCCGACAGACAGUGCUCAGGAGCAGCUGCUCACACAGAUAUUAGUUGUCUUUGCAGCCGAGUUAAACAGUUACGGAUCAUUUGGAGAAUGGCCUCCUGGGUCUUAUAAGCCAGAUGGAAAGAAGAAGUUUGACAAAGAGAGUGAAAAAUACUAUUCUAUUCUGGACAAACAUUUGAAUUUGUCAGCAAAGAAAAAGGAGUCUCAUUUGCAAGAGGCAGAUUCACAGAUUUGCCGAGAACAUCAGAACUUCUACGAAGCUUCAUUAGAAUAUGUCUUUAAAAUCCAGGAGGUUCAAGAGAAAAAGAAGUUUGAGUUUGUGGAACCGCUUUUGUCCUUCCUUCAGGGUUUGUUUACAUUUUACCAUGAGGGAUAUGAACUCGCCCAGGAAUUUGCACCGUAUAAGCAACAGCUGCAGUUCAACUUGCAGAAUACAAGGAAUAACUUUGAAAGUACUCGGCAAGAGGUAGAGAGACUGAUGCAGAGGAUGAAAUCGGCCAACCAGGAUUACAGGCCUCCCAGCCAGUGGACCAUGGAGGGCUAUCUUUACGUCCAGGAGAAAAGACCACUGGGUUUCACG